AUGUCAGCAGUAACUUUUGGCUGGAAAAGAUUCCCUCCACCUCCUCUCUCCUCUCCUCUGCCGCCGGGAUCCCCUCCUGGUUCUUCUUCGAUCUGUCGUCCCCGUCUCUCCCUCUCCCCUAUCCAUGGUGGGAUCCUCCGUCGUGUACACGUCCUGCAGGCCGCACGCGAGCGCAUCCUUCCUCCACCACCCGGCCGACCAGGCCCAUCCCGGCGACCAGCCCGGGCUGCUCCCCGCCGCGGCGUGGAGGCGGGGCGGCGCGGCAACCCGGAGGGCGAGCCUAGUGGCGGUGCGGACGACGAUGGAGGAAGCGGUGUACGAGGUGGUGCUGCGGCAGGCCGCGCUGGUGGAGGACGUGUAGGGGCGGAGAGCAAGGCGUGGCACACGGCGCCGGUGGUGAUGCAGGUAGUGGACACCGUGGGGAUCCCGCCGCUGGCGGUCCGCCACGGCAUGCCAGGCGGCAGGGUCGAGCGGUACUCCCUGGUGCUGUCCGACGGCCUGCACACAAUGGAGAUCAAGCUCAUCACGCCCCUAAGGCAUCUCGUCAGGGACGGCUGCGUCCGCCGGGGCUCCGUCGUGCGCCUCCUCUGGUACUGCACCAUCUUCGAUCAGAUUGCCUCUACGAUGGUGGAUGGACAGAAGAUGUCCGAGAAAUUAUUUAUUAUCUCCAUCGCAAGUAUCCAAAGGCUCCGAUGUUCUGUGUUGGUACAAGCAUAGGUCCCAAUAUUGUGGUAUCUUCUCUUGGUCUAAAUUUUCCUUUUAUUUCUAUCACAAGUGACAAUUGAAUAGUUGUUAGUUCCUUAUAGUCUACGAACACCACUUAUAACUGCGUCUACAAAUUUACUGGAACUCUCACCAAUUUUGAACUUAGUUUGACACCUCCUUCCUGAGAAGAAUGUAUUUGUCAUGAAUAAAGACAUUCACUGCUCAUAGAACCUAUGAAGAAUCUUUCCUAUGUUUUGAUUUAUUGGUAACUUAGAGUUAGGGUGGCAUCUGGGGAGAUUUCUGGAAGUGCUUUUGCUUUUUUCUUGUUUACCUAUAGCGAAAACUGUUGGAGGCUGCAACAGUAAAUUUAAGUAUCAAAUUUUACUUUUGCUUUACUAUUACUGAGUUACAAAUUCUCAACCUCCUCUUUUGAUUCGUAUCAAAAUCAUUUCGAUAGAAUGGCAGGGCUUCUCUUCUGUACAACCAACUUUACCCAAUUGCUUCCACAGAGCAACACCAAAUCCGCACUUAGCAUCAUUGUGUCAGUCCAACACCAAUUCAGCACUUAGAAUCAUUGUAUUUUGUCAUUUAACUUCAGUUUUGUAGCUAUGUGACAGAUUUAUUGCCCGUAAGCUUGUGCAACGGUUUUAUGACAAAGCCCUUGAGUUUGGUCUAAAGGGCUAUGCAAAGCUGUAAGUAUCCGGUCCUCAGUAAGCAUUUUUACAUGACUCUUUUUACCGAAUCUCCAGUUUUGACGUCAUUCUUACUGUUUUGGUUUUGGUGCUACUGCUAUACUCUCCUGUAAAUUCGUACUAUGUGUGUAUAUGAAACCUAAUUUUAGUCUUUUUUUAAUAAAUUAAAUUCUCACUUGAGGACAAAAGAUAGACCUUGUCUAUCUACCCUUGUUGAGUGAUGCCAUUUUUUUUGUAGUUCUAAUUCUUCUAGGUAGUACCAACA